CUGCAAGUUAAAGACCAAAACAAUCAAAAAGGACUGUUUGAACGGGGGUGAUGGUGAAUUACUACAGCGAAAGUGGCCUUGCCCUGUCUUGGGCGGAAAAGCAAAAAGCUGUCACAUGCCUUCGAGAAUCAUCACCGUCAAAGAAAUCACCGAAAGGGUCUGUAGAAACAUCAGAAGGCGUAUCAUGUCAUGCCUUCUCGCCGCCUUUGGCGCAAGCUGAUAAAGCCAUCGAGAGCCCGGCAUGUGUAGCCGAAACAGAAAGUGCAACGGAUCCCGUCAAUGACUGCUUUCAUUCCAAAACUGCGCUGGAGCCAGAAGACGAAAUAUCGGUGUAUUCUUUCACAGAGUCGGAAGCGGAGGAAGAGCUUACUUGGGAAGAAUGGGAGGAGCGCAAUAAGAAGGAAUUUGUUCAGAUCAAAAGGAAACCAAAAACUGACAUGGACGAGCGUCCUGUUCCGCAAGAAGUUCUUGACAGAAUGAAGGCUUUCCAUAAAGAUCUGAAUGAAUUUGCUGCGCAGCCUUGGCUUCAACAAAACUCAACAAAUAAUUUUGGUGAGGCCAAAGAAGUACAGGACAUGAAAAAGAAACCAGCCAAAUUGCCACAAACUGUGCCCGUGGAGAAGACAUCGAUUCCCAAGCGAAUUGAUUCCUCUCAGUCCGGCUUAAUAUGUUCCCAAUCCAACGACGAGGUAAAGUUGACAGAAGAGACAUGUGGUGAAAUAGUGGUGAUAGAUGGCGACGAAACUUUCGACGAGCCCGAUACACUACACAAAGUAACCGACAAUGACAAAUUAGAGGUUACAGAGAAGCAAGAAGACAAGCAGGACACCGUCAGUGAGACCACUCUUGAUGUAGUGGACUUGGAGGAAGAAGAGUUUUCGAGGCCACCAUGCGACGAUUCGCCUUCCAGUGUUGCGAAAAUGUUCGAUGGUGAAGCGUCAUUGGAGGGUCUUUCUCAUCAAGAUGACAGUGACAUAAAGAAGAACGGGGAACGUAAUCAAAUGACCGCUGUAAGCGACGGCUCGUUUAGUGCUCAUGAAAUUGCCUCUCGAACUCCAAUAAAGAUCAAGAAAAUGGCAGCUAAAGCAGACUAUGAGUCGGCGUUCAACAUGUCUUGGAACGAGAAACAGCGUGCUAUUCUACAGAGAAGAGAAGCCUGCAAGCCUGCUGUACGGUUGAUAGACGCAAAGGUCCAGGGAGGAGCAACUUUCUCGGAGGCAACUGUGGAAGACAAGGUAGAUGACGUCAAUCUUGAAGGAUCACUUUCACAGCAUGAUGACGCAGCACGUGAUCUCUGGAAGCGCUCUCCUUCUGCUAGCAGGAAGACUGUUUCCAAUGAGGACCACGACAAUGCGUUCAAUCUUUCCUGGAAAGAGAAGGAAAAGGCUAUUGUAGAGCGCCGCUUAUAUUGACUCAUUUGUAAAUGAAAUGAAAGUUUACGUGCGCGAAAAUGGAUCCAUCCGAGGACACGGCAUGCUCUGGCGUCAUGACUCUGUGCAAUUCAAUGUUAAUAUCAAGGUUUGGUAUUUACUACUAAGAGCAUGGAUUGAUCUUU